GGGGGGGGGGGGGGGAUCGGAUAUCAGAAGCAAACACUUAUUGCUCGAGUUUUUUUGCGUGGUUUCUGGACAUGUUAUUGGGUUCAAUGUGUUGGUUCAAGGAGCAGUCUGUCUUUCUUGUGACCUGAGGAGCUUCAGCUUGGCUUCCGGGGGGACUACUGGUUGAGUCCUAGUCCUACUGAAGACAUAUGUGUACCAACGGGGCCAUCUGGUGUUCACACAGUGAUCACGGCAGCAGAGGGCUAGUCGUGAAAACACUUUUUCUUUACCUUGAGACACUGUUUUUAUUUGUGCAUUGUCUGUCACACCCCUUGAAUCCCCAUCUUAACAAUAUUGCUGUUGAUGUGAGAAAACUCUAACAAGGGAGCUGUAUCUGAAAUUCAUUUUCACAUUUAAAAUAACUGAAAACUACUUUGUGCUUCUGUCACAUGAGUCCAAAUUCAUGUCACUUUAUACCACUAUGUAUCACGAAAGCACACGUUCAUAUGCGAGAUCGAUUUCUUCGCAUAAGACGUCUUUCAUUUUUCAGAUAUUACACACUCGACGUGAAAGAACGUCGGGAACUGCAUCUGAAAUGCAAAUUUCACAUUUGAAAUAACCAAAGUAGUUACUUUGUGCUUCUGUCAUACGAGUCCAAAUUAAGGUGUCACUUUACACCACUAUGUAUGUGAAAUCGAUCUUGUCACAUAAGACUUAUUGCAUUGUUUCAUUUUUCAGAUAUUACACGUGACGUGAAAGAAUGCUGAAUGAGCAUUAAUCUGCCGCUGAACAUAGUCCCAAACGAAUGCGCUAGUUUCUCCUGUUUGAUUAACGUUUGCUUAAAGCUACAGUGACCGGAUGUUUUUUUCUUUAAAAGUAAAAACAUAUCUGUGAGGUAUUUAAAAACAGUGUAUUGAUCAAUUAUUUGUGAGGUAAAAGGGUGUCUCUGUCUUCCCCGUUACAGGGAAAAUAUCUUUAUGUAUGCAACCACUACUAGUGGAAUAUGAACGAACAAACUGCCGCACAUGGGUGUGUGUGUAGCUGUCACAUCAAUAAUACACACACUCACAUCAUCUAAAAUACCUUUUAUAAAAUAAAUUAACUGUAUCUGUGCCCCCCCCCCCCCCCCCAAAUCAAACCCUCCCAGCCCUUACCCCUCACCUGUCAGUCAUUCCCGUAUCCCUGGUGCUCAGGGGACCACAGGCCUGUCAGACCUCCAGCAGCCAAAGCCCGUCAAAAACCCACCCAUCCCUCCCCUACCUCACCCCCCAUCCUUUUCGGGCCCUGCCAAACAAAAAUAAAGUCACAUUAAAGGGAGAGUGGCCAGGGUCUACUGCUUUGCAGAUCAGUCAGUGGAUACCUGAUUGUCACUCACGGGGCCGGGCCCUUAAUCCUAUUGUCUCUCCGACAGGAUUACUCUCUUGUGGUCCUUCUCUCCCUGUGGCUGUGCGCGGGAGAAAGGCCAGAUUAAGGGGAUUAGCGCGUAUCCUCCUGACUUGUCAAACUGGGAUGUAAGGAACCAUUGACUUUCUUGGGGGACACUGAAUGAGCGAAUGCAGAGAGGUGCCUAUAAGAAGAAAGGCGGCAAACAAGACGAAAUUCCCCGAAAGGACAAUGUGAUUUGUUUGCUUUUGUUCCCUCGGACUGGGCCAAAAAAGUUCAAAGGAGAAGAGAGAUGGAAGGAAAAGGGAAGAGAGAGGAGGGGAAGUUAAUUCGGCCGAUUUCAUAUCACUACAGAGAUUCAUGACAGUCAACUAACUGCUUCAGCAUAGCUCUGCUGUACGGGACUAUUACACUGGCCGACUUGUGUAGAGUGAACACUGGAGGGGGCAAAACUCCAGUGACACGUUAAGUAUAAAAAACAGCUCUGUAAAGUCCCUGAGUUAUAAUCCAAAUUUUAAAGGUGCAAUGUUUAAGAUCUGAUCAGAAUUUAGUUUUAAACAUUUAAAAAAAGUAACUAAUAUUAUCAACAGAAUGUGAAGAGGUUACAGUGUUGGUGUUACGUCAAAGACGUCUAUGUGAUGCGUAGCAGAGAUGUCUACUGAAAUUAGCAUGCUAACCAGCUAGCCCCGGACUCGUCCUGUCUUGUAAUACCACUUGUACCUUCGAGAGGCGAUAGUGAGUCACUGUAGUGUCCAGUCUGUCCUCAGUCCAGCAUAAGAGGACGGAGAAGUAGAGCUGCCUUCGAGGACCUCUCAAUAAUGGUGAUGGUCCGUGUACGCUUUGAUAGUUUGUUGACUGGAUGAAAUCCAAUGGGGCAGAAAAGAGAAACCCUGGCACCCUCUCCUUCCCGCCACCGGGAGGAUGCAGUAAAGCAUGAGGCUAUGCAGGGGGACGGUACCCUGCUCUUGUUAUUCUGAAUUAAUGAGAUACCAUACCUUGAAACCCCAAGAGAAGCUCUCAUUUACUUGAGAGCUUGAUUUCAUAGAAGCGGUGUUGUCCUGCCUGACGAGUUUAAUCCACGUUUGUUUUGGUUUUGGUUGGAGAGAUUUAGUGAUAUUUCACUUCAGUAAAGCAAUACCAUAAUAUAGAAACACUCUACAAGUAAAAGUCCUGCAUUCAAGGUUUUGCUUAAAUGAACAGUGUGUUGCAUUCAAGGGGAUCUAUCUGCAGAAUUGGAGUAUAACAUCAAUGAUACGUCUCCUUUAAUGUGUAAUAUGCCUGGAAAUUGAAAUGGUUGGGUUUUUGAUACCGUAGAAUAAGCUGUUUAUAUCUACAUAAGGACAGUACACGCAGUACACACUGCACAUUUAAUUACAAUUACUUAAGUAAUAGCAUCAAAAUAUGAUACUCAAGUAUCAGAAGUAUUCUUGCAGGAUUUGGGGGAAUAUUGUUAAUUCAGAUAAACAGAGCAGAUUUUCCCCAUGCAAACUUUUCUCAGAUCUAUCGAGAUAAUUACCUCGUUCAUCAGAAAAACAGGGCAAAUAUUGUUUGCUUAUGCAACGUCAAUGCAACACUUCCGUAUUUGAAAAGACUGUUGACUGCUGGUGCUGAGGUAAAAUAGACCCCGCCUGCCUGGUGACAGAUGAUGCGCGAGUCAUUGAAAGCACCAUUUCAGAGUGACAACAGAAUUGGCCAAUUGCUGUCCAAAAGAAUACCGGCUACGUUGAAGAAUGGACCAAUGGCUGAGAGUUCUCAGAUUGUUGACGUUUAGCCGAACUUGUUUUGUUUUGGUUAGCCACCGAGCCUGACGCUUUAUUAAAAAUGCGACUGUUAAUUUACAGUUUAGCGGUUAAGAUAUACUAGUAUCUUCUAUUUGAUGGCAAUGGGGUCACUUAAGUUCAUCGUUGGACAGGAAAAUUCAGCGACGGAGGCCACAGUCACAGAGGUAAAAGCUAACUUAGCCGACAUUUUUUGAACAGCUAACGUUAGCGUAGCUAGUUAGUUAGCUACAUUAACUUAGUUAGCCUGUUGGCUAAAACUUAUUACCCCGAGUUUGACUGAACAAGUAUUUUAUUUUUCAUUAUUUGGUUGCUACUUACUAGCUUGUGCGUUGAUAUAUUAAUACACGUCCCUGCUUGGAGGCCAGUUUUAUUCGCUCCAACAGUUGCAAACAUGGGUAAUGUAACUAAAGUUAGCAGUGCUGUUGAAAUAGUAUAUUAGAAGCUAACUCAGGUAACGUUAGCAAUAACACUCUUUUUGAUUUCUCUUUUAACGUUAACUGAGGUGAGCUGUUUAAGGAAAUACAAACCCUAGUGACACUAUCUCGCAAAAUGUGGUUACAGAUAUCAAGAUACAGAAGAUCACUUAUGGUAUCAUACUCAUGCUGAUGGUUCAGAGACUGUGAAAUGGGACAAGGUCUGCCAGCACUAGCUCCAAAUCUUGAAAACAGUGAUGAAUUUAAGUGACACAUUGAAAUCUAAUCUAGCUGGUUAGCUGUAUUACAUUCCAAAGAAUUAGUCUUUUCUUGGAGAGUAUUACUUCUGCUGCAGGUAGAAAUGGUAAUUUAAUGUGGGGUCUCAUCCACAGCAGUGGCUGCCUGUGUUACACAGUUCCAGUGAGUUCUGAGUGAUGCAGCAGUGUUUACAGGCAAUGUGAUAUCUGAUUCCAAAGGCUCUGCCCAGUUGGAUCCAGACAGGAUUUCUGGGCAGCUGAGCUCAAGUUUGUUUACUUCAGCAGGAGAAGCAACAAUACGUAAAACAGAGACAGAAAGGUUAGAGGUGAGACGGUAAGGCCAUUAUCUACAGAAAAUUAAUCGGAAACAAUUUUUGACAAUCAGUUUAUCGUUAAAGUAGAGGGCAGGACUGUAUCUUUUUUUUUUUUUUAAACUGUUUAAUUUCACGACAUUAAGUACCCUCAGUCAAAUUUGACUUGUGCAUAACUCAUUUAUUCCGUAUGUAUCACAGGAAAGCUUGUUUAGAAUGAUUUGAUCAUUCUACAACUAGGGUUGUAAUGAUACACCAGUAUCACCGUAAUACAAUUGACGGUUAUUAUAUCAAACUGUACAUUUGCUUUUCUACAAUAUAGAAAGAAACUGACAUGAGUGAGUGUGUGUGUGUGUGUGUGUGUGUGUGUGUGUGUGUGUGUGUGUGUGUGUGAGUCAAAGGUAAAAACGGGAGCAGUCUGAGUGUGCUGUCACACACCUACAAUAUGCUAAUUGUAAAUAAUCAUAGGACAUUAUUUAAGUAGCUCGCAGCUGAUGUUGUUCAUUUAGUAGAUAAUGUUAACAUGUCAACUAUUAAUAUAUUAUAAUACAUACAUCAGUUUUAUAAUUGCGUUUUUUAUUGUAAUUCUGUUUUCACUCUGAUUGUAACAUAUAAUAGUAAUAAAAGUGUAAACCAUGAUAUUUUCCGAGAUGGUUAUUGUACCGUGACAAUCUCCUACUAAUACAACCCUACCUAAAUGGUGUUUGAAUAAAAAAUAAAAAAAGUACAUUACAAAGUAAUCACUUUCCGAGUGUAUGGUCAUAUUUAUUGUAAAAAGUAAUAAGGAAAGUAUUUAUAAUGUGCUUGCGAUGCAGGAGGGUGUUAUGGAAAGUCAUUUGUGUUUGUUUUUUUAAUGCCCUGCUCUUGGUAUUUCCAUGCCAGAAUGCUGUAAGUUGUUUCCGUUGCCUCUUCCAUCCAGUGUGUGUAACAAGAUCGGUAUGUCUAUGUAUUUACAGGCCAGGCUGGUGUGCCAGGGAGUAAACAAUCAGAGCUACAUCUGCGAGUCGGGUCACUGCUGUGGAGAGACACAGUGCUGCAGCUACUACUAUGAACUGUGGUGGUUCUGGCUGGUAUGGACUCUGAUCAUUAUCCUGACGUGCUGCUGCGUCUGUCAGCACUGGCGCUCCAAGCAGCGCUUCCAGCAGCAGCGCCGGCAGAACGAGAUCAACCUCAUCGCGUACCGAGAGGCUCACAACAACUCCCAGCUACCCCUCUAUCUCAGAUUCCUGCCCACCUACCUGCUGCCGGCCUAUGAGGAGGUGGUUGACCGUCCCGUCACGCCGCCUCCCCCCUACACCCCUCUGCAGUCAGCACCCUCACCCACGGACCCACCUGAGGAAUCUCCCCGCCUCCACCUGGCCAUCUCCGUACCCGGCGACGCGCCACUCCCCACCACUCCGGAGGUGGCGCAGACCCAUCUCCACAGCGCUCACAAUCCCAGCAAGGACUCGACGCCGGGCAGGUACCGGCGCUUCACGGGGGACUCCGGGAUCGAAGUGUGCGACGGCCAGGAGCUGUGGGAUCAGCGCAGCCUUUUAGAGACGGAGGAAGAGACAGUGGAAGAGGGGGCGGGUCAAACGGAGGACCCAUGCGAGAGCUGCGGUCCCGACUCCUUUGAGCGCAGCCACGUUAGCGAUGCAGUCAUUCAUGAAAACACAGAUGGACACACGUCUGUGGAGACAGAGCCACAGUCUCUUAGGUAAUCCGCAAUGAUGUCUUUUAGUAUCUGCAGCGGUCACUGAUAACAAUGUCACACCUUUGGUGCUCAGGGGUUUGGUCUGUUUGAUUAACACCAGUGUGUGUGACAGGCCUGGAGACGAAUGGCAGGUAUGAGUACAUAGUUUGACUUUCUAAAUAUUUAAAGUUACAUCAUGCAACUUCUGGUUUGAAGCAGAGGGUACGUUUUUAGCCUAGCUCCUCUCCGCUCCUCUUCAUUUAAAAGUUGGAAGUUUGGACAGUUGCUCAUGUUGACCAGCUGUCUGCUUUGAAAUGUUCUCCUGCCAGGAAGCAGCACUGAUGUUCAUUUUGUUUUCACAUUUACUUAAACGGUUCUUUGCUCAGUGGUUCUCUGAGUCCCAGAGCCCCACGUAACUGAAGGGGCUGUCGCUCUGUCACUGACUGUAGCAUUAGACUAGAUGAUAACAUGGUAGCUCAAACUCAACCAAUACUUUGGUUUUUGCAAAUGCUGAUACUUGAGGAGUUGUUUUUUUUUCUCAAGCCAAAUGCAUAAUGAAGAUAAAUUAUCCUUAAUUUAAAAAGAUGUAAAAAAAAUGACAUGUGGGUCUCGUCCAAUUUGCCCACAAGUUUGGAACAAGUUUUAAAGUUGAACUGGUAACUCAACUCCGUGCUACGUUUGGUGUAAUUUAUCGGUGUCAAAACUGCAGCCUAAGCCACACCGGCAACAUGCUGUAGUUAUGUUGUCCACGGAGUUUUCAACUUCACAGACAAACCUAUAAAACAACUUCUACCUGUUGGACUCUGGUGUCUUCAGCUAGGCCUCUGUCGCAGACACAUUCUGAAUCUAUAAUUACACAAGACUUUGUUAAAUCACACUUAAUAGACAUAAGCGUUGCAAUAACAAUGCCACACACGGAGACAACAUUCAGUUUCGCAGGACCAUGUGAGCCGACGACAGAGCUACAGCCCCCAAAAACAUCCACUUCUGUCCGCUCAUUGUGAGAUGCAUAUUGUAGCUUUCAAGGGCAAUUGUCAUAUGAUUGGAGGUUUUGUUUCUUUCAUAUUGAUGGCGACAUGUUCGCUCUGAUCAGAAGGAUUUAAAGUCAAGUCAGUCAGCGAGACUUGACUUUAGUAAAUGAUUGAGCACUUGAUGUGCUACAUUUUUGCAGGACUGGGUCGGAAUUUACAGGGAUCUCAUUUCGAGAUGCCAUAGUGCCAUAACAUGUAGCCUUAUAGCCUUUUGAGUAGAAAGUAUUUAGGUGAACUUGAUCACAGCUCUAGAGUCUCUUGGACUUAGAGUCAACUUAAGUAACCCUUCAGUGCACCCAAUGAUGGAUUCAUGUACCUGUAGAUAUGCAAAUGAGAAUAUCUUAACAUGUUGCUGUCAGUGUGGACACACAGGUUUUUGUCGGGAGUGUGUUGAUCCACGAGCGUGUGUGUAUGCAAAGGGAAUAACUGACUGAAACACUCCACGGCUCAAUCCCAAUCUCCACACUCACGUGAGGGUUUAGUUCUGUCCCACUGUCAAAUCAUCGAUUGUUUGAGGGCUCUCUGGCAGACAUGUUGAGCCCUUUAGCAUCCCUUUCCGUAAAUCAGCAUUAGAUGCAGACUUUGCCCAAGGGCAUUACCCACAAGUGGGGGGUUAAACACAGGGUAACCCAAAAAAAAA